UCUUUCUCUUCUAUUCCAAUUCCAUCUUCAUCUUCGGUCUAUCUUUAAUUUCGUCGUUUCUCUUCUUGUCUUCUUCUUCUUCUCGCUGCUUCAACUUUAUUUCCCUCUCUUUUCUGACCCAUUCUUUAUAUAAACUCUUGAAGAAACCAAAGAGCCAACGACAACUUCAACGCCGGAAAACCAACUUACCCAUCUCAUUCUUUUCAAUCCGCCAUUAACAUUUACAGCCACAAUGGAGAGGCCCAACCCGCUUCAGCGCCUGAGAUGUUCCGUUCAGAAUUACGAUUGGGGCCGACCCGGUGCGGAUUCUCUGGUAGCGACGCUUCACGCGUCCAAUUCCGGUUCACAGAUCGAGUUGCAGAAGCCGUACGCUGAGUUGUGGAUGGGGACUCACGAGUCGGGUCCUAGUUACGUGGUACCCCCCGGGAAUGAAAACGGGGCAGCAUUCGGCUCUGAGAGCGUUAGCUUGAAAUCCUGGUUAUCCCAAAAUCCUAACGUGCUUGGCCGCAGGGUUUUGGAUAAGUGGGGUUGUCAUCUCCCCUUCUUAUUCAAGGUUCUGUCGGUGGCAAAAGCACUGUCAAUACAGGCUCAUCCAGAUAAGAAGUUAGCAGAGACACUGCACAAAUUGCGGCCAAGUGUUUACAAGGAUGACAAUCACAAGCCUGAAAUGGCUUUAGCUAUAACCAAGUUUGAGGCCCUGUGUGGGUUUAUUUCUAUUGAGGAACUAAAGAGCGUGCUUCAUAAUGUUCCUGAGGUUGUAGAACUAGUUGGUGAGGCAGAUGCAGCCGAAGUCUUACGUAUCAAUGAGCAAGACGGGGAGAAGAAAAUAAAAUCUGUUCUUCAGUCGGUUUUUACCCAACUGAUGUCUGCCAGUGCUGAGAUGACAACUAAAGUAGUAAACAAAAUGAAAAAUCGUCUGCAAAUCGAGAGUCAGGUGAGGCAACUAACUGAAAAGGAGCAGCUAGUAUUGCGAUUAGAAGAGCAAUAUGCAGCUGAUAUUGGUGUCAUAUCGGCCUUUUUCCUGAAUUAUGUGAAGCUUAAUCCGAAUGAAGCUUUGUAUCUUGGGGCUAAUGAACCUCACGCAUAUCUAUCGGGUGAAUGCGUUGAGUGCAUGGCAACUUCAGAUAACGUUGUACGGGCUGGCCUCACUCCCAAGCACCGGGAUGUCCAGACUCUUUGUUCCAUGCUCACUUACAAACAGGGCUUUCCUGAAAUCCUGAAAGGAUUCCCUGUGACUCCCUACAUAACAAGGUACCUUCCACCAUUUGAUGAGUUUGAGGUUGAUCUUUGCUCUCUUCCUCGGGGAGCAACGACAGUGUUUCCUGCAAUUCCAGGUCCCUCCAUUUUUCUGGUAACAGGUGGGGAAGGAAUAAUGUUUACAGGAUCAUCAAAAAGCUAUGAAGUCGGAGAGGGAGAUGUUCUGUUUCCAGCAACUGAUACUGAGAUUACACAUACCAAGCCACAUCUGCCCUGAGGCUGUCACAGAGCAGGUGU